UCCUCCGAGAAAUUGAUUUUUUGUAAGUUCCAUUUCACACCCUCAACAUCCUGCGUUCCGUUAGGGUUUAAGGCGCCCCUGAACCCUCAUUUCUCUCGACUCUCUCUCUCUCUCUAUGGCUUUGGACAACGACAUAGAGAGAAUUCUGUGGAACGAGGAAGAAAUCUCUCAGCGAGUUUCUGAAUUGGCCUCUCAGAUUACCCAAGACUUCAGUGACACAGUCUCUUCUUCGGCUCCGGUCGUCGUCGGAGUCGCCACCGGUGCAUUUAUAUUCCUGGCGGACCUCGUCAGGAAGAUCAAGUUGCCAAUUACUGUUGAUUUCGUUCGAGCCGAAUCGUACGGCUUUGGAACAGAAUCCAAUGGGGCUCCCAGGAUUUCAUGUGAUUUGAAGAUUGACAUUCAGGGCAAGCAUGUGAUUUUGGUUGAGGACAUUGUAGAUACUGGAAACACUUUAUCUUGUCUAAUUGCUCACUUGAAAUCUAAAGGAGCAUCAUCCAUAUCUGUAUGCACUCUCCUUGAUAAACCAUCAAGACGCAAGGUUAACUUUGAACUUGUCGGUAAAGGGAAGUUCUAUUGUGGCUUUGAGGUGAUCUCUCUCUCUCUCUGAAUCUUCUUCUAUGUGGCAUUGGUUGAUUGACAGCGCUAUCUUUAAAAGUGCCCAGAUUAUUUCGUUGUGGGUUAUGGAUUUGACUUCGCUGAAGUAUACAGAAACUUGCCUUACGUUGGGGUCUUGAAGCCUGAAAUGUACGAGUGAUUAUUUUUUGUCAAAAAUUAUGUACCAAUAACUAUUUGGGAUUUAGUUUCUCUGGUCUAUAUGGAUGAACUUAUUCCAUACGUCAGUGGAUAAUUGUAAUUUUACUUGCACUUCUGGAAAUUUCUCAAUAAGGAUAAUAUAUUCGAUUUCUCAUAGUAA